GUCCCAAGUCGGAGACGUGGAGUGCCAUUUAGCAAAUUCUUAUCUGACUUUGGCUUUGAGGCUAGGAGAUUUUGUCUCUUCCAAUCUCUUUCACUUAGUUCUGGCACAUAGUGUCCCUGUGUUGCGUUUGCAAACGCUCGGAGCUUGCAGUUAGGCAAGCGGAGUAAACUAGAGCUGAGGAGAGUGAGCUCGCUUCCAGUAAACUUACUUGAGGUUCGAAUUCCCAUCAUUGUACGGGUACACGCCAGCAGCCACGCUUUGAAGGAACCAAAGACUUCGAGAAGAUAGGAACGGUCUCCGAUUACUUGGAUUCUUUCGCCGUCAGCAGGCAGAAUGGGGAACACGUUCACGGGAGGGUACUUCACCUCCUUCCGCCAUGUUCCUGCGCCAACGUUGUAUGGCCCGAACAGGUCGCCCGUAACGCAGGAUAUCCUGGAGAUCGGCUUGAUCACGGCAUUCGUCAUGACCUGGUUCUGCGUUCUCCUGGCUUCAAUCGGCAUUCUCUUCGUCAACUGGAGAAAGUGCUUGCAACAGAUCGGUAAAGCAACAUUCUUCUUCUACUUCAUCACCUGUAUCCUCGUGUCUAUCUGGGGAUUCGGCUGGCGAGUGGGAACUGUCCAUACCGAAGCCACCUACAAGCAGUUCUCAACGGCUGUCAUAUCGGCAGACGUUGGAUUGAAAGUCGGCCUCUAUUCCUUCAACGUAACUCUGAAAGGUAGCCCAACCAACCAAAGCGGUGACAUUGUGGAUUACAAUGAGCACUAUAACUUUGGAGUCCUUCAAGGGCGACUUGGCUUUGGAUCACAGGCCGGUGUUGCAAAUCAAGAGUUCCGCACAGCGCAGUAUCGAGGCACACCGCUGCCAAUCCUCUGGGUGGCCGAGUACUUCACCCUGGACGGCGAGCAGAUCCGCUGGGGACGCAAUUACCGGCAGGCUGGCUACUACACAGCACUGCUGCUCUGGACUGCGUUCUGCUUCUUCAUCCUGACGGUGCUGAUGUUGCCGGGGGCGUUGACGUACGGUGCUAAUAUGCUCAUGCUGACCGGGCUGACUCUGAUCAUUUCAUGCUGUGUAUACGCCGGACUGCACCGAGAGCUGGGCCCUAGCGUUGUCAUCCCAUUCGAGAGUGGCAUGCUGACAUUGAACUAUGGCUGGAGCUUCAUCCUGACACUGGUCAACGGCAUCGUGCUCAUGUUCUGCGGGGUUCUUCUCUGGAUCCUAUACCUGCGCUUCCCGGACAUUCUGGAGUCACUACUCGGCAUCCAAGUCGAGGAUGAUGAAGACGAUGUGCUCCCGCUCUUCCCUGGCCAGGCAACUGGUCCUAGCGUCAUUGAGAAUGUUGCAUCAGCUGAGCACACCGCAUCGACCCCAUCGGCCAUGGUAACCAGCCCCAAGAGAGAUAUCCGCGCGCCGGCCAUUGGCCACUUGGACAAGUCUGUCUCGAUGGCUCACAGCAGCAUGGAUGCGAGCACGGCGGAGUUGCAGAGCAGCGUGAACUUCCAGAGCCGACCUAUCUACGUGCCCGACCGCGGUCUCAGCCUGCGAAGGCUGCGCAGGACCAAGAGAAAGAAGCCGAGAGAAGGAGCUACUUCACCUACCACACUCUCGCCGGUACCACAGGAGAGCGGAGACAUGGAGAUGUCCAGCAUGCCUGGCCCACCAUCGUCGCUAAGCGAGUCAUCUGCUUCUCCACUUGAUCCACAACAACCCGUAGCUGUCAGUGUGAAGGGAGCUGUAGGCAGGAAGGCAUUCUCCCUGACACAAAGUUCAUCCCACCAAAAAGCUUCAUUCGAAAUGCACUACCCGGCUUUGGCUGAAGGAGACGAGAGACCUACACCUACCUACCUCCCUUCCCCGCUUGGCUCUCCCCAGCCCGCACCGACUAAUGCAAUGGAGCCGGCAGAUACGGAGCUUGAGGAGGUGUGAAUUGCUUCUCGUGUUGUCAUCGAUCACAUGAUCCAUUUCGACUCAUCUUUUUCUUCCUCCUUAUUUAGAAUAGGUCAAUCUAGUCACACCCAUUGUGCAUUGUGUGCACUUUAUAUUUUUCAUUUUUAGUUAGUAAUCAAGUCGGCAUGAAAGAAUACUGAAAAAUGCAACAGCAUAUGUACCUUAUUUUGGUAGCUAUUUUGACUAGUGCAGUGCCAUGUGCAGGUAGCUGAUUGCGGCCUCUCACAACCAGCAUGCCGGUGUGUGAUCAGUAUUGUAUGCAGUUGGUUUUGCAUGGCUCAGUGUUUGAUUACAUACAUACACAUAGACUUGUGCUUGCUCUACAGUAGGCAGUAGACUUGUUGCAUCAUUUCCCAGUAGGAAGUUUGACUGUAGCAUCUUCAUAAUUCCACAGA